AUGGGAAAGAAGAAGGGAAGCUGGUUCACAACGACGGUAAAGAAAGUAUUCAAGUCAUCAUCGUCAUCAUCUCCUAAAGAUUUGGGCAACAAGAAUUUGCAGAAACAGAACGUGGUGGUGGAGAAAUGUCAGCCUAUAGAGACGCCAGAUACAGUAUCAUUUGAGAAUUUUCCAAUAGAAACUUCUCCUGAUGCGACAAAUGACGAACGCCCAUCACAACAUUCUCUAGUGACCAUCGAAGAUAGAAAUCACGCAAUUGCUGUAGCUGUUGCUACCGCUGCAGCGGCAGAAGCUGCAGUUGCAGCUGCCCAAGCAGCCGCUAAUGUCGUCCGAUUGGCAGGUUAUGGCCGUCAUUCUAAGGAAGAGAAAGCUGCCAUCCUCAUCCAAUCCUUCUAUAGAGGCUACCUUGCCCGACGUGCUUUGAGGGCAUUGAAGGGACUAGUGAGGCUCCAAGCCUUAAUACGGGGUCACAAUGUGCGGAAGCAAGCCCGGAUGACAAUGAAGUGCAUGCAAGCCUUGGUACGUGCUCAAGCCAGAGUAAGAGCCAGAAGGAUUCAAUUGGCUCACGAUAAAAUGAAGAAGAGGGAGGAUCAUGAAGAAGGACAAUGGCAAGGAGCAACCCAAGGGAAUGACGAAGGAGAAGAGCACCAACGGGGCCGAUUGAAGAGCCAGAGCCCAUAUCGACAUGUGAACAAUAAGUGUGAGAUGGAAAGCAGGUGGGACGAAAGGAACCAGAGGUUGGAGACCAUGGGCAAGGAGACCUCUCAACACAAACAUGAAGCCGCGUUUAGAAGGGAAAGAGCUCUUGCUAAUGCCUUCUCUUAUCAGCAGCAACAGCAUCAGAAUGCUGAUAUGCUCUACUCCGAGGAGCCUGAGAAACCACAAUGGGGAUGGAAUUGGCUAGAGCGUUGGAUGGCAUCACAGCCAUCGCAUGCCCCCCAUUUGGCAGCACAGGAUGGUUCCUGCGUUCACCUCAAUACCAAUACAGAUGACACAUUCGAAAAGACUGUGGAAAUGGAUAUGUCCACCCCUCCUCGUCCAGGUCCACCCAACAUGGGGCAAUAUGAAAGCCCAUUUGAUUGGGCCCAGUAUAGAACCCGGCAGCGUCGCCAAAUGGGCUCCGAUAACAUUCCAAGCUACAUGGCUCCGACCCAAUCUGCCAAAGCCAAGGUCCAAAGCCAGGAUCCAGUUAAGCAACGGGGCCUCUCUGGAACCCAGCGGAAUCCAUCAACUAAGAGGUGGUCUAUUAAUGCAACGUCGGGUUGUGAUUCGUCGAGUUCGGGUGGAGGAACAAUAAUGACCUAUGGGGCUCCGAGGAGCCCAAGUCCGAAAGCUAAUGGAUUCCCCACUCAGAUACGAAGGCAUGGUGGUUAUAGUCCGGAUUCAAGUGGCGGCGAUGACCGUUCACUUGGUUUUGGUUUCGGCCGUAGGUAUGAGUUGGGAUCAUUGUGAGUCAAACAGUAUUAGCCAGUUGCAUCGUAUGAUACUCUUAAUUAUCUUCAUCUUCCAUAGCUAUUCUGCUA